AUGUUUAGGAACGCGUUGCGGUCAUCAUCCACCACCGCCGCCAUGGCGGCAGGUGCAGCUGCUGCUUUCACGGGAGCUAACUUCAUGUCAAGUCAAGGAGGCUCCGAGAAGGUGUCAGAAUGUGCUGAUAACACAAUUGUUGGCUUGUUGCAAGGUUUGACUCGCAAGGUGUCGAAUAUUGAGGCCGUCUUGGGAACCCUUGAGACGAAGCCACCUGCCCCAAAGAAGCAUGGUAUUGAUAUUGUCUUGGGAGCCCAGUGGGGAGACGAAGGAAAAGGAAAGCUUGUUGACAUGCUAAGUCAAGAAUACGAUGUGUGUGCUCGCGUCGCUGGAGGAUCGAAUGCUGGUCACACUAUUGUUGUAGAUGGCGUCAAAUACAAGUUCCAUUUGCUUCCCAGUGGAAUUUUGAACCCAGAAGCAACUUGCAUAAUCGGAAACGGAGUGGUUAUCCAUUUACCUUCUUUCUUGAAGGAAUUGGAGACUCUUGAAACACAAGGAAUCAACUACAAGGGCCGAGUCUUCAUUUCUGAUCGCGCUCAUAUGGUUUUUGAUUUCCAUCAAGCAGUUGAUGGAGCUCUCGAACAACGACUUGGUAGAAACAAGAUUGGAACUACCAAGAAGGGAAUUGGUCCGGCGUACGCUUCCAAGAUCUCUCGUAAUGGAGUUCGUGUUGGAGAUCUCAAAAACUGGGAAUACUUUGAAGAGAGAUUCCGUGCAUUGGCAGAGCAUCACAUGAGAUCGUACGAGGGGCUUGAGGUCGAUAUCGAAGGAGAAUUGGCUUACUACAAGUCCAUCUCAGAGCGAAUCUGCGGAAUGACUCGUGAUACCAUCGGCCUUACCAACAAGAAAUAUAGUGAGGGAAAGAAGAUCUUGGUUGAGGGAGCCAAUGCGACAAUGCUUGACAUUGACUUUGGAACCUAUCCUUUUGUGACAUCUUCCAACCCAUCGAUUGGAAGUGUACUCACCGGACUUGGAGUCAGCCCGCGAAAACUACAUGGAAUCUACGGAACUGUCAAGGCCUACUGCACCCGUGUUGGAGAAGGCCCAUUCCCCACUGAGUUGGAUAUUUCUGUGGGAAUUGGUCACCAUUUGGCAACUGUUGGAUGCGAAAUUGGAACCACGACUGGAAGAUCUAGACGAUGUGGAUGGCUGGAUAUUCCCCAACUGAAGUACUCUGUCGCAAUCAACGGUUUCACUUCAUUGAACCUGACUAAGGUUGAUGUAUUGACUGGGCUUCCCGACAUCAAACUAGCUACAAAAUACAAGUACAAAGGAGAAUACCUCAGCACUAUGCCUGCUAGCUUGUCGCAAUUAAAAGAUGUUGAGGUUGAAUUCGAAACUUUGCCUGGUUGGACCGAAGAUAUCUCGCGAUGCAAGUCCUUCGAUCAACUGCCUGCGAAUUGCCAAAACUACAUUCUUCGAAUCGAGCAGCUUGCUGGAGUUCCCAUCAGAUGGAUUGGUGUUGGCCCCAAUCGUCUGGAUGUGGUCGAUCGUGGUGAAGAAUUUGAAAGUUUAGAGUAA